GUUUGCUGCAGAUCUACAACAGCUGAACGAUAACUGAGCUCCUCAGAGCUGCAGGUGAAGGUGAUCAGAUGGAAGAAGACACAACCCAACAGGCUGAGAAACGUUCCUCUGGUCCACCUGCAGCAGACCCUGCUGAGGAGGAGGAGAAGAAGGAGGAGAAGGAGGAGAAGGAGGUCCAGGAGGUCCAGAAGGUCCCAUCUGCAGGACAGAAACUCUCAUGGUUGUCGUCCUGGUUCUGGUCCAAAGUGAGGAUCUCUACACCUUCAGCACAAACAGUGAAGGUCCACUCAGUCUCUACUGGUCGGACCUGUGGUGCUGAUGAUGAAAUACUGGAAAAAGUGAAGAAUAUGAGAUGGACACAGGUGAAGAUCACAGACUAUCAGGAGUGUGACAUCAUCAUCGUCUUCUGUCCAAUCACGUCUCGUGUUGGAUCAGAUGUGUCGGCAGCCAUGAGAGAGAUUCCAGCAGGUGAUAAACCUGUGAUUUUAGUGCUGAUGCAUCACACCAGAGAUGUCGACUUUUCCACUGAUGUCAAAAAGUGGAGUGGAACCUAUCAGAACGUCAAGUUGGAUGUUCAUGUUCUCUUCCAUGAGACUCAGCCUGGAUUACUGAAGUGUCCAAGAAAUGAUGAGGCAGUUCAACAAAUACAAACAGUGUUAAAAGCUCACAGUAGAAGGUGGUUACAAUGGCCUAGUUCUGGUUUUAAUGCCGUGAUGUGAAGCAACAAGCAACAGAACAGCUGUUAUUAAUAACUGCAGCCAGAUAAAUGUCUGUGACGUCCUCUGACAGAUUAAAUCAUCACUUAACAAACAGUCCUGUUGAUCGUUGGUGUCAAACACUGAAGUGAUAAAGUUCUUAAUCCUGCUAAAGUUCAUGAAGUGUGUGCUGUAUAACUUCAUCAUGAUGUCAUCCUGUAACCAUCAGUCACUUUCUGUGUGGAAAACAGGAAACAGCUUGUUUCAGUCUGUUUGGUUCCUUUCACACAUUAAUAAUAUAUAAUAAUAAUAAUAAUAAUCUGCUUUUAUUGUGAUGCUGCCUUUAAAGUUUCAGAUCCAUAAAAGUUGUCCUACAGUUUGUCUGUAACUCUUCGUCUGCAGCCGCUUUAAUUAAAGAUUUGAUCGACAAGUUAAA